UUGCCGCCAUUGAUCGUUAACUUUUUCUGCACAAGAAAAAAAAACAUUAGAUUUUAAUUAAUCCAUAAUCUCCAAGUAGUCAAGUACUUGAGUACAACUGAGUCAUCAUUAAUUGUUUGUUGCUCGGGUUCAUUUAUGUAGCGUUAAUACAGAGCUAGCUCAGCUAGCUUUUCGUUCACUGUGUUUUUCAGAGAGGUUGUUUUUAGGAUUGAUGGUAACAGAUCAACAAAAUAAUACACUUGACAUAGGAUCACAUUUAGGUUUCAUUAAGUGCAAGGACUUGUGAAGUAUAUAAUAAUUACGUUGCUGUUCAAAACAGUACAAAAAAUUUGUAGUGGCGGGAAAAGUGGCUAAAGUGUCAGGGGCCUCGGGUAACAACGCCGUGAUGGUGAAGCUACCCAGGAGGUUCAGCGUCGGUGAUCGGGUCUUUGCUAAGGUCCGGGGAUAUCCACCCUGGCCGGCUAGGAUAGAGAGUGUUUCGGAGCCAAAUACAAAAGCUCCAAAGUAUAACGUAAUUUUCUACGGUACUAGGGAAACAGGAGUCUGUAAAUUUGAAGAUUUAUUUCACUAUUUGGAAAAUAAAGAAAAAUUCAGUAAAGCGCAGAAAAGAAAACUCUUUCGGGAUGGUCUGCUAGAGUUGGAAGAGGACUUGAAAAACAAUCCAGGUCCAGUUACUGAAGCUGCCGACAGAGAAGUCACUGAAAAUGUACCUGAGUAUGUCGAAAAAAGGAAUUCUGCUGUGUCAUCCCCAGCGGAUAAUGACGAAGAAAGUGGAAACCUGGUCAUUGACGAAGGCGAUAAGAAAAAAGGUGUCAAAAGAAAAUUAUCCCAAGUAGUCAACACCCCAGAUGUCCCUGAAGUUAAAAAGAAGCGAGGACGAAAAAGUGUAACAGCAAUUUUGGCUGAAAGCACACCAAAACAGGAUUCAGCCCAAGAUUCACAAGAUGAAGACUCAGAAAGAAAGGUAGUCAGCCGUAGUGGCCGAAAGAUAAAACCCAAAAGAUUUCAUGAUUACGCUGAUGUCGAGACUUCGAUUGAUGCAACAAGAAUUGAUCAACCUACACGAAAUAGAACCAAAAGCAAAAGUGAAGAUACUAACGAGAAUCAAGAAUCCUCAGUUGCACUUGUCAAAAAAAGGAUAAGUGCUGAAAAUGAUGAAAAAAAAGGGUCAGUACAAGUUGCUGUAGUAACACCCGAAGUCCAACAACCGGUUAGAUCAGCCAAAGAUGAUGCGGUGGACAAAGAGAAUGCACUCAAAGUAAAAACGUUGCGAAUCGAAUCACAGAUAAUUUUUUUGGAUACACAAAUAAGAUCUAGUCUCGGAUUAGAUCAAGCAAAUGCUGAUGAAUGUUUGGAAGCCAUGGAUCAGCUGAUGGAUCUUCAGAUUAACCAAUUGAUUUUAAAAAAACACUCACAUAUCAUUGAAACAAUUAAAAGACUUAGGCGAUAUGUUGGGAAUCUUAAUGACUGGAAACUUACCGAACAAGAAACGAUCGUUUUUAAACAGAAAGCUGAUCUAAUAAAGAAAAAAGCUGAACUUAUCUAUGAAAAGUUUAAGAAACAAUUCACUAUUCCUGAAGGCAAAACGUUUUGGGAGGCUUUUGUCGCAGAGUUGGAUGUAUUUAAAAAGCAUACCCAACAUUUGACUCACGAAGAAUUUUAUUCUCUUUUGGUUGACCCUACCCUAACUCCUAAAUCUACCAAGGAUACUACAACAGUCGAUGCUGCACUUCUUUCGAUUCUUGCUUCAGAUGAACCUGUAGCAUCGACAUCAAAUCAAGAUCUCUCGAUGAUUGAGACUGAGGCCAAGUAACAUUCGUGAAAAAUUAUUACUUUCAUGUUAGACACCUUUUUUAUAAGUUUCAAGCUUUACUUAAAUAUGAUAAUUGAUCUUAAAAUAGGUCGAAACUUAAAACCACAUAAUUAUUUCAUGAAUAUUAUCAAGUAAUUGGUUAUUUUUGAAAUCAUUUGAAGUAUAUUAUCCUCUAUUUUAAGAUCGAUGUUAUAAUAAAGGUGAAUUAAUAUUUUUUUUAUGAACACACGUAAUACUACAAAAACUUAUUUUUCUUAAAAUAAGUAAGAGAUGUUGUAAAAUACUAGAAUACCUUGAUUUAAGUUAAAAAUUAACUCAAAGAAAUUUAGUUUUAUUUGCAAUUUUUUUUUCGUUUUGUGUCAUUAUGCAGACUGGGAAGAUAAACGUUAUAAUCGUAUAUUUUGCUGUCUUAUCUUGUAUGUCCGACUUGUCAGUAAGUCAUGUCCAUAGGCUCAGUGCCUUGUCUACCUUAGUUAAGAUUUUUUUUUUCUCAUAUACAUGUUUUUAAACUAAUCAUCACGAAGUAUUAAAGUGAAUUUUUAAAACCCUGCAUGAUACGAUAAUUUACCCUCACAUAAAUUGUCAUCGUUACAAUUUCUGAAAAAAAUGUUGAAAAUUGCGAAUCAAAUAUUUCUAAUUUUUAAUUUAAAUUUAAAUAUACCAUUAUACUUACUAUUUAUAAGAGAAAAAUCUUUCUUUUUUAUAAUGAACCUUAUAACUCAGUGCUAGUUUAUGAGUGAAGAACAGGGGUGUAUUUUAUGACAUGUCAUCCUUUUGAAUAUGUAUCCCUGGCCAAGGAUACUUUGAACAGCUUAACUAACAUAUGAGUCAGAGUCAUAUGGUUUUUGCCUAAAUUAAUAUUACUUGUUCAUAAAAAAUUACUCGUAGUUUGCGGUAACUAAUGAUACGAACAAAUAUUUUUCGUAAAAGUUAAGUGACGUGUUAAAAAUGUAUUCAAUUUUCGUAGCUUAAUGAUGAUUUUAUUCAAAUCUAUGUUUGUUCAACAAAAAUUUGGUAUACAUUGCAUACCUCUUUCAAAAAACCAAUCUAAGAGCAUUUUUAUUUUAUUACAAUACAAAUUUUUUGGUUUCAUCUAAGGGUAAAAAACAACAAAAGAGUUUUGCUUCUGGGUAAGCCAAAGAGAUAAUGUUAACAAACAAGUAUAUUGGUGAAUUUAUUCAUAAUUAUGAAUAUAUUUAUAAUAAACUGAUGGUUGGGUAAAAUGCUAUUAUCUAUCUUACUUUCAACUGUUUAUUUGUAUUAUAGUGUGGAUGCGAACAAAUUUAUAUAUGUUAUAUCUUAAAACCUUCAGAAUUAUGAUACCUCUAAACAUUCAUUUGUAAUACUUUGUCUUACAAAUGGCACCCUAAAUGAUGUAAAUUAAUUUAUAAUAUAAGAAAGUGAUUAUUUUGCACAUUCUCAUAGAUGAAUAAAAAUAACCAUGUGUAUUCGUCAAAAACUUGAGUUAUCUUGUAGAUUGGUGUUAUAAUUAAUUAGACAACGACAAAAGUAUCCAUACCAUGAAAUUUAAAUUAGAUUAUUUGACAAAUGAGCAAGUGUAAUCUUGAAGUUGACAUCAUUCACCAAAAUUAAUUCAUUACGAAUCAUUGAAAAAAUCAUACAAAGGCAUUCAUUUGUACAUUAGUCAUUAAGUUUACCAAUAUUAUUAUUAUUGUGAUUUAUCUUUUUUUGCUGAGCCAAGGCAUCUCAAUUUCUAUAGAGUAAAUAUAAAGAGUUUUAAUAAAACUGUUGAGAUAUUCGAAAAUUUUUGAUAAAAUAUGACAAAAAAGACAACACAAUAAUAAUUUAGGGUAAUAAGAUUGUGAUGAUUUGUGUAUUGUGCUAUUUAGGAUAAGUCUGUA